CGACCUUGUAUGAUAUAUGAACUGAUUCGCUCCCUAGCGUUUUUCACUUCGGUUUUGAUUUUCGGCGCAGCAUGAGUCGUGAAAGACCACUGAGAGGCGGUUGUUCAUGUGGAAGAAAUCAAUAUGCCAUAAUUGUACCUCCGGAUUCUGCGGAGCAAGCCGAAGUUUACUUUGAUACAAGUAGCGAGCACAGGCGGACCCAAGGGGCACCGCUAACAGCUUGGCUCCGCGUUCCCUUGCUGUGGUAUCAGUCUUUUACAAGAUCCUACUUCCCUGACGAAACCCAUGCUGCUAUUCGCCGCGUUUUCAUCCCAGAGACCGCCCCACACAGCAGACGUGUCUUCUGUGGCUUCUGCGGCACUCCGUUGACUUUCUGGACCGAAGAUCCACCAGAGGAGGCCGACUACAUGUCUGUCACUGUCGGGAGUCUUUCAAGUGAGGAUCAGGAUAUUCUUGAGGAUUUGGACCUUCUCCCAAGGGAUCCUACGAAUGAAGAUAUUGCUAACACUAGCUCUUCUACAUCCGCUUCUCCGCCUACGGAUCCUCUUCAGCUUCGGUCCAGGGAGCCUCAAAUCUCAGUAACCCGUCGAGCGGGGGCCAUUUAUGGCAUUCCUUGGUUUGAGGAAAUGAUUCAAGGAAGCCGUUUGGGCCGUAUUGGUAAACAUCGUCGGGGUUUCGGGGCUUCACCAGACAGAUCGGUGCAGAUCGAAUGGGAGGUGACCGAAUGGCAUGACACAACUGGAGGUCCGACCACGCAAAAACAUGGUUCAAGUCCAGAUCGUGUAACGAUCUCUUCUAAAAGAAAGAGCCCAGAGGUCGGUUGA